GGCCCUCGCGGCAGCGCGAAAAGAUCAAAUUCCGACUAUAAUAGCCAUCACGGGUUGAUGGCGUGAUGUCAUUCAGAUUACUAAUGUACCUAUAUAUACGUGUACGGUAAUCGCUGUCGUGGAAACGCAUAGUUUGUAGUGUGUGCGCCUCUAUUUCGUACUCGGUACACGUAUAUAUGUGCAUAUAUAUGAGUUACAUUUAAUGAGUCUUGACAGAACGUCAAUUCGAAUGACUACCGCACGAGUUUGUCAGGGUCACAGAUUAUCACCUUCAUGGUAUAGGUACACAACUUGACUGUAUGAUAACUCAAGAUCUUAAAAUUCACUCAAAUUCCUGUGCUAGUUGAUACUUAUUCAAUAUGUCUGAACAACAGAAAGAAAUAAGAGUUUGGUGUGAUGGCUGCUAUGACAUGGUACAUUUUGGCCAUGCUAAUUCAUUGCGCCAAGCGAAAGCCUUAGGUGAUCACCUAGUAGUAGGAGUUCACACUGAUGAAGAAAUUACAAAGCAUAAAGGGCCACCUGUUUUCACUCAAGAGGAAAGAUACAAAAUGGUUCGUGGAAUUAAAUGGGUAGAUGAAGUUGUUGAGGGUGCUCCUUAUGUUACCACUUUAGAAACUCUAGAUAAAUAUGAUUGUGAUUUUUGUGUUCAUGGCGAUGAUAUUACCAUGACAGCAGAUGGUGUUGAUACCUAUCAUCUUGUAAAAGCAGCUAAUCGUUACAAAGAAGUAAAGCGCACAGCUGGGGUGUCAACAACAGAUUUAGUAGGCAGAAUGUUAUUAAUGACAAGACAACAUUUUAAACAAGGAGACAGUGAGUAUAGUAUGGAUAAAGAACCAAGUACAAGUAUGGGACAAGAUAGGCAAGCACGAAGUCCAUGGACGGGGUGUUCUCAAUUUUUACCAACUACUCAAAAAAUCAUUCAAUUUAGUGAUGGAAAAAGUCCUCAGUUGGGUGAUAAAAUAGUUUAUGUAGCUGGUGCCUUUGAUCUGUUCCAUGUGGGUCACUUAGAUUUUUUGGAAGUUGCUAAAAAAGAAGGCGACUAUUUGAUUGUUGGAUUGCAUACGGAUCCAGCAAUCAAUCGAUAUAAGUGCGGAAACUAUCCGAUAAUGAAUUUACAUGAACGAGUUCUUAGUGUAUUAGCUUGUAAAUAUGUAAAUGAAGUUGUGAUAGGGGCUCCUUAUGAAGUUACUAAAGAUCUAAUGGAACAUUUCAAUGUAUCCGUUGUGUGUCAUGGGCAAACUUCAAUAAUGCCAUGUGAAGAUGGUUCAGAUCCUUAUGAAAUACCAAAGCAAAUGAAUAAAUUCAAAUCAUUAGAUAGUGGUAAUGAUAUGACAACUGAAAAAAUUGUUGAAAGAAUAAUACGUCACAGGUUAGACUAUGAAAAUCGGAAUCUAGAGAAAGAAAAGAAAGAAUUUGCUGUAUAUCAAGCAUUUAUAAAACAAAAAAAAGUUUAAAGAGUUCUAGAAGUUAUAAUUAUGAUUGUAAUGAUUAUUGUUCCGUUUUCUAUUUCAUAGAGACAAAGAAAUCAUUGUAUGCAAUAAUAGGAUUUGCGUUAAUAAUAUCUCAUUAAUGAAAGAUAAUAUUAUUUUUGUUGUUUUACUUUUUAUGGUGUGAUAGUACAUUCAAAAUGGUAUGAGAUAUUCAUAGUUUGUACAGUAUCUGCAGCACUUGUAUUGUUAUGUAAAUUAUGUAGUAUGGUUUAUUUUAAACUUUCUAAACUGCAAUGAAAUCCUAUAUUCAUAAUGUUUGAUAAUAGAUGUUAUUGUAUGAGUAUAUGCAUGAGUUUAGAAUAAUAAGUGAUGAUUUUAUUUCUAAAAAUUAUCUAUUUUUUAUAACAUGUAUAAAACUUUAUUGACAAAAAUGUAAGUCAAAAUAAAAAUUAGGCAAAAUAAACUUCAGUAAACAUUGGAAAAAUAUAUUUAUACUAUCAAUGACAUACUGCAAAAUGAAUUUUUGUCAUUUUUGUAUAUUAGGUUCAUGAUUUGCUACUUUAUCGAAAUCUACUGAAGCAAUAAUUUUACACACAAAUGAAUGUAUAACGUAUAACAAUUUUGUACACUUUACUAAAAUAUAAGACACAAACAAAUACAUAAAUAAAAUUAAUCAUAAAAACAAA